GUCGAUGCAAGACAUCAUCAGCACCACGAAUCUCGGUGAUAUUGUCUCGAUUUCCCAAUCAGUGUUUGAAGUCACUUGCAGCUGAUCAGGCACCGCCCUCUGUUGUCGAGUUGAUGCCUUAUUUAUCCCAGCAUCGCCUCAGUGCUGCCUACGCUAACCGCCGCCACUAUCAGCUCACUGACCGAAGUCAACUGAUGAAAGUCGGUAUUUAAGUCGCCUGAGUGCGCGUGUCUUUCGUGUUUUCAUUCAUCACACGCGUUCUUAAGCGACUUCUCUCUUGACCCAUCCCUCAAUUGACACCCUUUCAGCCAGCAGCAAUUCACCAAUAUGUCUCAACUCCAGGACACUCAUGUUACGGUCUCGGGCCAAAGAUCCUCAAAGCGGAAGAGAGCUCAGGUCAACUAUUACGAAGAUGUUUCUGACUUCGAAGAUCUUAUGGAGGAAGACAACAGCCAGGAAGUAGUCGGGGAGUACUCACAGCCAAAGAAGCGCAAAGCGUCACGCCCGGUACGACCGCUUCCAAAGCGCAAGAUCUUCCCGUUCCUCGAGCUGCCUGCCGAGAUUCGAAUCAUGAUCUACGAAUACUGUCUUACGGAUCCUCAAAACAUCCAUCUCCUCUCUGUGACCGAGAACUAUCGCCGAACAGUGGAACGGGCCGAUGUAACCUAUAUGAAACGGCGCCUCAACCAUUGGACGAACAGUAACAUGUCCAACAACGAAGAAUUAGAUGAGGUUGUGGAACCACGGAAACUCGUGCCUUCCAUCCUCGCAGUGAAUAAGCAAAUUUAUAAGGAAGGCCGCGAGAUGCUCUACGGCAAUGCAUUUGUCUUCAGCGAUCCUUUGGCCUUGCAUUCGUUCAUGGCCAACAUCGGACCUCGCGCCGCUGCACUGCUCAAGGAUAUUACGAUCGGGUCAUGGCAGUACUCUCGUGGUAUGCACAAGGCAUACAAUCACGCAUGCUUCGCAGUCCUGGCGUUUGCAACCAACAUCCAGAAGUUGAAGCUUGACUGCUGGUUGGGCACCGGAAGCCAGCCCAAGUGGGUUGCCCGCCAGAUUUAUCGUGAUGGAUUCCCAUGGCUGGAAGCUGUUGCUGCAGCUAAAGGAAAACUAGAUGCGGCUGUCGACGUGAUAGAAGUCCGUAAUGACAACUUUUCAGGACGCGGCUGGCGGAGUCGGUCUCAGGUCAAUCCGGAGCAGGACGUGGAGGAUUUCAAGAAUGAACUGAGACGGCUCUUAGGCGCGCAGAUGAAGAGGAUUAAGGCAGCACCAAAGAAAGCAACGAAGAAGACUAAAGCGAAUUGAGAGCGGCUCAAUCUCGGUACAUAAUUAGACGGGUGGAUAUUGGAAGGGCUAUAGAACGGGUCGAUUCAUGAAACGAGCAUGGCCUUUAGAUUUCACAAGUGGUUACGGAAGGAUUCAUGUUCAUGGUGCCAUCGAUAUGAUCAAAAUGUCUGGCCUUCAACUGUGGGAAUGUUAGCGAGCAUGCAUUAGUGAGUUGAGUUCUAGCAUGGGGUUUAUAGUGUAUCUGAAUCCGGAUUCGAGCAGUCGUUGCAGAAGGAUCUGUAUAUAUGACGGCAAAACCAUAUUACGGCCAAACAUGUCAAGAUUUCAAUUGUGGGCAUGUUAGCGAG